AUAAAUGAAACUAAGUGUAAAUUUUGUCUAAUUUUUAGUUUACUACAGAUUUUGAACAGACAAACUGUCCUUUACACUGUGCCAAUAUUUCUUGAUUGAACAGACCAAUAGAAAUACUUAAAAAUUACCAAUUUUGAACCUCAUUAUUUAACAUGUCGAAAUAAAUACAUACAUUUUACAUUCUGGGGGAAAAUUUAAGUUGCUUUUCAGCUAGUUGUGAUGUGACCGAGAGAUGGCAGUAGAAUCAUUGAUAAAAAGUGUAAACCGCUCCAAAAUUAAGUGCAAAUCCAUGAGCCUUAAAAUCUCAUACAUAAUACAUACAUAUUAGUUAAUUAUAUCUUAUAACACAUUCAUCACACUUAGUCUGUUUAGUGUGGUGUUAACAGUACUGAGUCUGGUAAUAUUGAUAGAGUCUGUUGGGCUGAAGUUGUAGGACUAUCAAGCAUCAUCUGAACAUGAUGAGCAGAUCCAUGCUCUGAGGGGGGCUGUGACAUCACUCCUGGUAUAAAGCCCCUCUGUGGAGGCAGCACUUUCACACACACUCGCUCACAGCACACAGUGGGGACCAGCACGAGAAGUUAGUCCUGCAUCGUGAGACAGCCGGUAUAACCGAUGGAUUGGAGCAGCAGAAGCAUGAGAGCAGCAUGAGAGACGGCAUGUCCAGCCUGACCUCCCAGAUCCUGGACCUGCGCGUGGGGAAAGUGCAGGACAGAGCCACGGUUCCAGCCUCAGGUUUGCUGGAGAACGAGACGGGCUGCGGGGAGCAGAUCCUGAGCUACGGCCGGGCUGAGAAGGUGCUGAUAGGAGGAGUCCUCACCAUGCUCACCUUCCUCACCAUCUGCGGGAACCUGCUGGUGGUCAUCUCCGUCUGCUUCGUGAAGAAGCUGAAGCAGCCCUCCAACUACCUGAUCGUGUCCCUGGCCGUGGCCGACCUGUCCGUGGCCGUGGCCGUCAUGCCCUUCGUCAGCAUCACUGAUCUGAUAGGAGGACAGUGGAUCUUUGGACGAGUUUUCUGUAACGUCUUCAUCGCCAUGGAUGUGAUGUGCUGCACAGCCUCUAUCAUGACUCUGUGUGUGAUCAGUAUAGACAGAUAUCUGGGCAUAACUAAGCCGCUGACGUAUCCCGUGCGACAGAGCGGAAAGUGUAUGGCUAAAAUAGUGCUGUCCGUAUGGCUUCUGUCGGCUUCCAUCACACUGCCACCUUUAUUCGGCUGGGCUCAGAACGUCAACGACGACAACGUGUGUUUGAUCAGCCAGGACCUGGGCUACACUGUCUACUCCACAGCCGUGGCCUUCUACAUCCCCAUGUCUGUCAUGCUCUUCAUGUACUACAGGAUAUACAGGGCUGCCAAAGUAAGCGUUGCCAAGCACGCCAUCGCCAUCAUGCCCAAAGACGAGGACAACCGUGUGGACUGUGUUUCAGCUGUGCUGAAGCUUCAGAGGGACGCGGAGGACUGCGGCAGCUUCUCGCGUCUUCUGAGGAACGACCGCAGGAACAUCUCCAUCUUCAAGCGUGAGCAGAAGGCGGCGGCUACACUGGGUAUAGUGGUUGGGGCCUUCAGUGUCUGCUGGCUGCCUUUCUUCCUGCUGUCCACUGCACGUCCCUUCAUCUGCGGUGUGACGUGCAGCUGUGUGCCCCUGUGGGUGGAAAGGACCCUUCUUUGGCUGGGUUAUGCCAAUUCCCUGAUCAACCCCUUUAUAUACGCCUUCUUCAACAGGGACCUCAGGACCACCUACCAGAACAUCAUCUGCUGCCGAUACCGCAACAUCAACCGCAAACUCUCUGCAGCCAGCAUGCACGAGGCCCUCAGAUUAGCAGAAAGGCCAGGCAUGAUGAUGUAGGCUGGUCAUAAAGGGAAACAUGUUUCCAUCCCCCCCAUAAAUUUGGGGUUUUCAAGGGUUGAAUGGUUUGGAACUAUGUCAACUUAGAGUGUUUUCACUCCUUGGAACGGUUAGUUUCAGCAGGUGUGAAUGCAGUAAUAACACUCUGGUGCAAAGCAAAACAACUAUACCGAGACCCGCAGGAGGAGAUGGGUUCGGGCUACAGCAGUUAGUUUGUAACUAACUCUUGUAGCUCUUUGAGCUAAACAGCUGUUCAGGUGCAGUUUAACCUGAUUUAAUACACAGAUAAUUAGUCCAGCUAUUAACAAAUGCAUUUUCUGCUGCUGCGGCUUCAUGCUAAAUUGCACUGAAAUACAUUCUAAUCCAGAACAAAGGACCUUCUUCCUGUAUUUACUUUGUUCUGCCCCAAACAGCUCGAACCAAUAAGUAAAGAAAAUAUCAUCAUAUAGUUUGUUGUGAAAUAGUUUGAUGUGACACAUUUUGUUGCAUUCGUGGUUUUGCCUGUGUGAAACCAAACCAAACCAAGUAGAAAAAUGCACCAAGUUAAUGGACUCUUAAACUGAUUCAGACCACAGAAUUGAACUACAGGUGUGAAAACACUUUUAAUGCACAAUGGAUCUUCGAUUCUUGGAUUCUUCAUAUAUGACAUACCUCUUGUAUAUAUUUUUAUGGACAUUUCAAAAGAAAUGAUUGUAUAUAACACCAAAAGUGAUUCCACUAUUGUUACGGGUCAGAGAACAUCUUUUCAGAACUAAUGUAUACAGAAUCCUUUUGAUCAGAGAGUGUAAGAACAGUGCCACACAGAGACUUAUUCCAGCGGAUGGUUCUUUGACGGACCAUUCUAUUGACAUGGACUUUUGGGAACCAAGUGUGGCUAGUCUAAAGCAUCAGUAGGUCAUGUACUUCUUACAUGUGAACAGACAUUUUUAUGCACCUUUCAAAUACUGUGCUGGGCUCGUGGGACUCAAAGGAGACCUGUGGAUAAAGUAACAAAAGUGCAAAUACAACCUGUAUGGACAAGAGCGAGAAGCCAACAUCGCUGAGGACCUUUAACCAUUUUCCGUCACUGGGUUUCACUGAUGAAAAUGAAAAAAAUGCAUUUACUGCAUCUAUGUUAUUAUUAACACGGUUUUCAGGUUCAGGUUCAAAAUAACUUAUUUUGUCCAUUCACAUGCAGUUGUAUGCAAAAUUGUGGACACCCUCUGGCCAAAUGUCAUAUUGUAUUUCUGUGAAGGGAAGUAAACAACCUCUGCAGAAAAUAGACAGCAGUCAAAUAAUAAGUAUAAGUAUGACAGAACAGCUCAUUUUUAUCCUCUAACUUGUAUUUCCCUAUCUGGUGUCUAAUUUCAACAGUUAGUUACUCUUUGUUAAUGUUGUCACAUAAUUUCCCCCCAAAAAAUCAGUUUUAAAAAAUGUCUCUCCAUGCCUAGAAUGUAUGUGAAUGUUGGAAGUGUAAACAUAAUGAGUUAUUUACCAGUUUUGGGGUUUUGAAUCGGCUCAUUGUAAAGGUUUGUUUUGGUUGUCAGAUUUUCUCUAAAGGAAUGUUCAAGUAUUUCACUUUAUUGUAAUGAACUUCCUGUUUUUAUUUAACUAUACCAAGAUAAAAACAGCUUUCCAUUCUAUGACACCUUUUAUGCAUAUGGCUGUUGGUAAUAUGGUAAGCACAAUUUUGUAAGGUGACAGAUCCUAAUGACACUUCUAAACUUGCCCAAUCAGUUUUAAUGAGUCAAUUAAAAGCUAAUGAGUUAAUGAAGUCAGAGCAUCAUUAGACACUAUUUUGUAAGGCACAUGACUAUGUGAAAUUAGCUGGGGCUCUUAAUAAUUGCACAUACAAAUCAUAAGCUAUACCAGAUGUGUCAAGCAACAGAAAAUCACUGUUAAUAACAUUUACAAAACAGUGCAGUUAGCUUAAGUUUGGGAUCAGAUUAGUUAGGUGACUACAGUCUGGUUUGUAUUCUGAUAAGAUUUUAUUUCACAUACAUUUGCAUUUGGUAGUCAAAUCCAAUUUCUGUGAUGGAUAGAAUAUGGACAAUUCACUCAUUCCAAAUUAAUUGUUGCUAGAGCUUUGGUUGCACUGGACCUUUUGGUUUUACUUUGAGAAGUUUUGGUCUCCAUAGAAGGAUUUUUAUUGUACUGGGAGGAGUUUUGGUUGUAUUAGGAGAAGUUUGGGUUAUACUGGGAGGAGUUUGGUUGUAUUAGGAAAAGUUUUGGUUGUACUGGGAGGAGUUUUGGUUGUACCUGGAGGAGUUUUUGUUGUAUUAGGAAAAGUUUUGGUUGUACCUGGAGUAGUUUUGGUUGUACUGGGAGAAGUUUGGGUUAUACUAGGAGGAGUUUUGGUUGUAUUAGGAAAAGUUUUGGUUGUACUGGGAGGAGUUUUGAUUGUCAUAAGAGGAUUUUUUUUGUUGUGUUGGGAGGAAUUUUGGUUGUACUGGGAGGAGUUUUGGUUGUACUUGGAGAAGUUUUGGUUGUCAUAAGAGGAUUUUUUGUUGUGUUUGGAGAAGUUUUGGUUGUACUGGGAGGAGUUUUGAUUGUAUUAGGAGAAGUUUUGGUUGGACUGGGAGAAGUUUUGGUUGUACUGGGAGGGGUUUUGGUUGUACUGGGAGAAGUUUUGGUUGUACUGGGAGAAGUUUGGGUUAUACUGGGAGGAGUUUUGGUUGUCAUAAGAGGAUUUUUUGUUGUGCUGGAAGAAGUUUUGAUUGUACUGGGAGGGGUUUUGGUUGUACUGGGAGGAGUUUUGGUUGUACAAGGAGGAUUUUUUGUUGUGCUGUGAUACGUUUUGGUUGUACUGGGAGGAGUUUUGGUUGUACCUGGAGGAGUUUUGGUUGUACAAGGAGGAUUUUUUGUUGUGCUGUGAUACGUUUUGGUUGUACUGGGAGGAGUUUUGGUUGUACCUGGAGGAGUUUUGGUUGGACUGGGAGGUGUAAAUGGGGUCUAAAUGUCAGUUAAAGGAAGAGACUGUAAUAAUUAGUGCUGAAAAUUAGUUUUAGUUAGGCAAAUUAGUCUGUUAGUAACCUGGGUACCGUUAAUGUGUCAGAGAAAUGUUUUAUUUGUCACUGAGAUUUUGAGUCAGUCAGAGAAGAGAGUGAAAGAAGAAUUAGCGCAGGAAGAUGAACUCUGUCAUCACAGUGACUAAAGUGACUGGGCUGUGCCCACUCAAAGUAUGUGUGGUGUAACCCCCAGUACAAUCAUUAGUCUAAAUAAAUCAGGGCAUAUCUGCAUCAGUGUCCAAACUUUUGAACAUUUGUUGCAGGUUUUUGAUUAAUUGAAUUGCUUUAAAUAUUUGCCAUUUUCAUCUGUCAUUUUUUAUAUGUUUUUGUGUUUAUUGUUAAAUCAACCAGACUCGGUAUGUUUGUCCACCAUUCAGUUUUUCACUGUCAUAACUACAGUGCUUCAAUUAUUAACAUCAGUGUCAUAGGCCCUACAAUAGAACCCUGUGGUACUCCACGAUACCAUAGUUUCUGAUUUGGAUUUAUAACUAAAUAAUAAACCUAGGUUUCAAGGGGACGUCAUACAGACACCAUAGUUUAUCACAUCAUCUUAUGCUCCUGUUAUUUGGUCGUACAUGGUCUAAAAAGUUUGAGAACCACUGAAAGAAAGUAAGUAAACUUAACGAGAUUUUGAAAAUGUUAUCGUCUAAAGUAAGUUGCAGAGGUUGUGUUUACUUUUUUUCACUAGGAUCAAAUUUGAGCAAAUAAGACAAAUGUGAUGAAUCUUGUUUAACUGCACACAUUAAUUAUAUAAAUCACUCGACAGUCUAACCAUUUAUGUAUUAAAGGUCAUUAAGUGUCUGUAUAUGUAUUAAGCAAGAACUAAUAGACGCAGAAAAGAUCAAUAUCUAGUGGUUCGUUCUUCAGAAAAUUGAUUUUAAAAGCUCUUUAUGAAGCUAAAUGUCAUUGUUCUAUGGCACCGUUCCAAAGAACCCUUUUUGGCAUCUUUAUUGUUUAUUUUCUGGAGUGUAGGACACGACGAAUGUGACCCUGAAUAAAACUUGCUGAGGCUUUUACACUGAGAAGCCUUCAUAUUUUUUGAUGAAUUGUUUAUUGCCAGAGUGGUUCUCUCCAGACGCUACAGCUUAAGUAACUCAAAUGAAACACAUUUUAUUCUACGGAUUCUCCAGAUGUCUUCUUUAUUCCAGCCCACGCGCGCUCGUGUCCUACACAGACUUCUUAAUGAGAGAGAAUGUCUAUCUCAGAGUAAAUAUCUUAGACUUCAUUAGCGUGCCUAUAUUGUAGACACAUGUAAUAGGCAUGUCCUUAUCCACUUAAAUAGACAUUAAAUAUAAUGGGUACAAUCUGUUGCAACACCAACAUAAACCUCAGUAACAGUAAAACAGGGCUGUACUGUUACUACACUGUAUAAUACUGAAUCCAUGUUUAAUACUGUGUGUAAUAUUGUAGUAUAAUUAUGACUGCGGGUGCACAUGCCUUUAUAAUAUUUCAUU